GGAGAUUUUGCAAGUCGAGUUAGAGAGUCAUAUGGGUGCUACCAAAGAUGAGCCUGCUGACCGUGUUCAUCGCUGCUGGGACUCUAUUCGCUCCACUGAUUCUCUGUAAUGGCGAGGACGUCCAUAUUGAGACUAGACUCGGCCCGAUGGUCGGCAUCAAAAAGAACGACGCAAUGGUUUCAGUUUUCUACAACAUCCCUUUUGCCAAACCUCCCUUAGGGAGUCUACGAUUUGCCAAGCCCGUGCCAUAUGGAAACUGGACCGGCACCCUGAAUGCAACAACACCUGGAAAGCGCUGUAUGCAGGUUGCCUAUCUCGAGAGCUUUGAAAUGUCAGAAGACUGCCUACAACUCAAUAUAUAUGUACCGAACUCAGUUAAUAUAUCGUCUACGGUGCAGACACCUGUGAUGGUUUUCAUCCAUGGCGGGGGAUUUACGGGCGGGGGCGCAGACCUGUACGAUUCCAGCGAGCUGUCGCGACAAGGAGGCGUCAUCAUCGUCACAAUACAAUAUAGACUUGGUAUAUUUGGAUUUUUUUCGCUAGGGAAUGAAGAGGCGUCCGGUAAUUAUGGUCUUUGGGAUCAGAUGCUGGCGCUGAAAUGGGUCAACCAAAAUAUCGGCUCUUUCGGAGGAAAUGCGGGCGCUGUGACUGUAUUCGGUCAAUCUGCUGGCGGGAUCAGCUCGUUAUUUCUCUCUCUAAUUCCAGAAAAUAAAAAUGUGUUUCAUCGAGUAAUUGUCCAGAGUGGAAAUUUGUUAGUUAGCAACUCGACACAAGCUUCAUACGACAUUGGAGAACUGUUGGGUUGCUCAAACAAUAUCGGAGCAUCUGCAUUUGUUGGUUGCUUGCGAAAUAAGGACCCGAAUACCAUUCUCACCACUUCUUCAACGUAUACGUUUACUGGUUCAAGCACAUCGGGUUUGCUGUUUGCUCCCAAUGUUGAUGGUGAACUGUUGAAAAAGACACCUGAAAGUCUUUUGAAUGACUUUUCAUCUGAGGAAUACAAAUUUUUUUCUUCUCUUGACUUCAUGACAGGAACAAUAAAAACGGACGGAAAUAUAUUCUUGUUAACAUUUUCAGAAUCUAUACAAAAUGCAUUAGGCAUCAAUUUAACAGCAGGGGUAUCAACUGAGGAGUUCUGUAACACUCUUGUUCCUGCGAUUUUAAACGUCCCCUAUAAAAACAACACUUUGGUAUUCAAAAGACUUUGUGAAGAAUACCGGGUACAAAACAACGUCUCGGAGCAGAGUCGCCAGAUGCUACAGUUCGUCACAGAUUACUUCUUCGCUUAUCCAGCUUUUGGGGGUCUUCGUGCUCACAGUAGCCAGAACCUCGUUUCGAACACUUACCAGUACGUGUUUGAAUUAGAAGCAGCGUGGUCUCUCUUGUUACAGCGUCCCCCUGUGUGGUACAUCGGCCCAGGGCACGGCGACGAAAUGUUUUACUUGUUUCCUAAUAUCAAUUUGACGGACGUUCAGAAAAACGUCUCUGCUUCAAUAAUAAAGUACUGGACCAACUUCGCCAAAUCUGGGAACCCGAAUCACCCUGCACUGCCACACUGGCCAUCCUACAACCAUGCAGAUCAAAGCUACUUAAGUUUUGGGAAAGUUAUCGAACCUGGCAUGAAGUAUAAAACGAAACGAAUGAAGCUCUGGGAUGAAGAAAUUCCACAAAUUUUGGAGCAGUCAUAUCCUAUCGUUAAUACACAAUCUGGGCCAAUAAAAGGCAUAAACAAACAAAUGGGAGAAGAACCAAAUAAAGGCUCAGUUAGUGCGUUCUACAACAUUCCGUAUGCAGCACCACCUAUCGGAGAACUGCGAUUCAGCAAACCGAAACCUUUCGGUAACUGGUCAGGUACACGCGAUGCCACGCAAUACGGCCCCGAGUGUAUGCAGGCUGAGCUGACACCUUUUCCAAAAAGUGAAGACUGCCUCCAGCUGAACGUAUUUGUACCAGGUGUUCCAUCCCCAUCCUCUAAGAAGUCCGUGAUGGUUUGGAUUCAUGGCGGUGGUUACCUUGCCGGCUCAUCAUUAAUCUAUGAUGGCAGUGACAUUGCCCACCAAGGUGACGUCAUCGUUGUGACAAUAAACUACCGACUUGGCAUUUUCGGAUUUUUGUCACUUAACGAUCCCAUUGGAAAAGGAAAUUACGGACUAUGGGACCAAAUCCUUGCCCUCCAGUGGGUCCAACGAAACAUUGCUGCGUUCGGGGGAGACUCGUCCUCUGUUACUAUUUUUGGAGAAUCUGCCGGGGGGUUCAGUGUUUCCCUUCUCUCCCUGAUUCCCUCAAACCGGGGCCUGUUUCACCGUGUAAUAUCACAGAGUGGCGUGGCAGCCUCACGAUGGGCCUUUGGAAGCUCGGAACCAGCCACUAGGUCUGUUGGAGACAUGUUAGGAUGUUCCAGGCAAUUAAGUUCUCAGCUUUAUAUAGAUUGUUUACGCAAGGUAAACGCUAGUACCUUAAAUGACUAUACUUUCGCUUAUCUUCAGCGAGAUCCCUCUACUAUUCGCCAAUUACUUGAAUUCACUCCUUAUAUUGAUGAUGAAUUGUUUCACCAUACGCCUUUAAAAAUUCUGUCAAAUUCCUCCUUACCGGAGCACGAGUUUCUGAUGUCCCUUGACCUCAUCAGUGGGACUGUUACAACGGAAGGUUCCCUAUUAGCAGGCGUUAUUAACCAGCCAGCUGUCCAAGAGAAAUUCAACAUUAAUGCGACUGCGGGCAUAUCAACUGAGUUUAUGUGUGAUAACUUUACGAAAACACUCGUGUCGGACUUUUUCGAUGGAAACAAUCGAGUUAAGGAGCUCAUCUGUGAAAAAUACACCGUACAGAACAACAUGACUGAACAAGGACGAAGAAUGCUGGACAUAUUUACAGACUUCCUUUUUGUGGCGCCAUCUUUCAUUCAGCUUCAGUCACACAGUCUCCAAAACGUGCGGUCCAAAUCUUUCCAGUAUGUCCUUGAAAGAAAGAAGGUGACACUCGACGGGACGCUGAGUUACUACCCACCCUGGUACGACCCACCGGGACACGCCGAUGAUUUGUAUUACCUGUUCCCUCAAUCUCUCGGUUUGACGUCCCCUGUAGACCUCCAGUAUUCUAAAGUCAUGAUGUCAUACUGGGCAAACUUCGCAAAAUACGGUAAUCCUAAUCACCCCUCACUGCCACACUGGCCAUCCUACAACCACGCGGAUCAGGCAUACUUGAAUUUUGGGGAAGUUAUCGAACCGGGCAUGAAGUAUAAAAUGAAUUCAAUAAUAAUUUGGGAUGAAGAAAUUCCACAAAUUUCGGAGCAGUCAUAUCCUAUUGUUAAUACACAAUCUGGGCCAAUAAAAGGCAUAAACAAACAAAUGGGAGAAGAACCAAAUAAAGGCUCAGUUAGUGCGUUCUACAAUAUUCCGUAUGCAGCACCACCUAUCGGAGAACUGCGAUUCAGCAAACCAAAACCUUUCGGUAACUGGUCAGGUACACGCGAUGCCACGCAAUACGGCCCCGAGUGUAUGCAGGCUGAGGUGUCCACCUUUCCAAAAAGUGAAGACUGCCUCCAGCUGAACGUAUUUGUACCAGGUGUUCCAUCCCCAUCCUCUAAGAAGACCGUGAUGGUUUGGAUUCAUGGUGGUGGCUUCCUUGUCGGCUCAUCAUUAAUCUAUGAUGGCAGUGACAUUGCCCACCAAGGUGACGUCAUCGUUGUGACAAUAAACUACCGACUUGGCAUUUUCGGAUUUUUGUCAUUAAACGAUCCCGUUGGAAAAGGAAAUUACGGACUUUGGGACCAAAUCCUUGCCCUCCAGUGGGUCCAACGAAACAUUGCUGCGUUCGGGGGAGACCCGUCCUCUGUUUCUAUUUUUGGAGAAUCUGCCGGGGGGUUCAGUGUUUCCCUUCUCUCCCUGAUUCCCUCAAACCGGGGCCUGUUUCACCGUGUAAUAUCACAGAGUGGCGUGGCAGCCUCACGAUGGGCCUUUGGAAGCUCGGAACCAGCCACUAGGUCUGUUGGAGACAUGUUAGGAUGUUCCAGGCAAUUAAGUUCUCAGCUUUAUAUAGAUUGUUUACGCAAGGUAAACGCUAGUACCUUAAAUGACUAUACUUUCGCUUAUCUCCAGCGAGAUCCCUCUACUAUUCGCCAAUUACUUGAAUUCACUCCUUAUAUUGAUGAUGAAUUGUUUCAUCAUACGCCUUUAAAAAUUCUGUCGAAUUCCUCCUUACCGGAGCACGAGUUUCUGAUGUCCCUUGACCUCAUCAGUGGGACUGUUACAACGGAAGGUUCCGAGCUAGCAGGCAUUAUCAGCCAGCCAGCUGUCCAAGAGAAAUUCAACAUCAAUAUAACCGCGGGCAUAUCAACUGAGUUUAUGUGUGAUAACUUUACGAAAACACUCGUGUCAGACUUUUUCGAUGGAAACAAUCGAGUUAAGGAGCUCAUCUGUGAAAAAUACACCGUACAGAACAACAUGACUGAACAAGGACGAAGAAUGCUGGACAUAUUUACAGACUUCCUUUUUGUGGCGCCAUCUUUCAUUCAGCUUCAGUCACACAGUCUUCAAAACGUGCGGUCCAAAUCUUUCCAGUAUGUCCUUGAAAGACAGAGGGUGACCUUUGACUGGACACUGAGUUACUACCCACCUUGGUACCGCCCACCGGGACACACCGAAGACUUGUAUUACCUGUUUCCCCAAUCCUUCGGACUUACGUCCCCUGUAGACCUCCAAUAUUCUAAAGUCAUGAUGUCAUACUGGGCAAACUUUGCAAAAUACGGGGACCCAAAUGACCCCUCGCUGCCGUUCUGGCCUACUUACGAUGCAUCAAAACAAGCCCAUCUAACGUUUGGCGACAAUAUUACUGCAGGAAUGAAGUACGAGAAAGACAGAGUAAAAACGUGGGUGGACGACAUCCCGCGGGCCAUGAUGGAUGCAGGCUUCUCUGACGUGGAGGUUCAAACUCCUUUGGGCAACAUCCGUGGGGUGAAGAGAGCCGUUCCUCAUACGUCUCCCAGCGAAAAAGUCUAUGUCUUCUACGGGAUUCCAUUUGCUAAACCGCCGGUCGGGGAAUUGAGAUUCGCCAAACCGCAACCGUAUGGAAAAUUCAAUGACACCUUCGAUGCCACAAAGAUGGGAAGCGCAUGUUUACAACCUCCAGUCUUUCCUGAUAUAAAACAUUACAGUGAGGACUGUUUACAGCUAAAUGUAUAUGUUCCAAACAACAUAUCAACCUCGAACAAAAAAUCAGUAAUGGUUUGGAUUCAUGGGGGUGGAUAUGCUCUUGGUUCAGCCAUUCAAACUGACGGAUCAAUUUUGGCGACCAAAGGUGACGUCAUUGUAGUGACGGUAAACUAUCGUCUUGGUGUGUUUGGUUUCUUUAGUCUCAAUAAUGACGCAUCACGCGGAAACUAUGGGAUAUGGGAUCAGAUCCUUGCUUUAAAAUGGGUAAAAAAUAACAUCAUGUCUUUCGGUGGAAACCCCGACUCCAUUACGAUUUUUGGAGAAUCUGCUGGAGGUUUCAGCGUUUCACUUCUUUCUCUAAUUCCACAAAACCAGGGACUCUUUCACCGAGUUAUAGCACAGAGUGGGACAGCUCUAAGUCCGUUGGCGUUUGGUGAUUCGCGUCCAGCUACAAUAGAAAUUGCCAAUUUAUUGCAGUGUAAUUACAAUGCUAGCGAUAAUUUCAUUGAGUGCAUGCGUAAUAAGACCGUGGAAGAAAUAUCAAACAAUUACUUAGCAUUUGUAAGCAGAAAUACGAAACGCUUGGCUCCAGUAGUUGACUUUAUGCCAAAUGUUGACAACGAGCUGUUCAAUCAAACGCCCACCGAAAUCAUCAGAAACAUGUCAUCUAAAGAGUUCCAGUUCUUCGCCUCGCUCGAUCUAAUGUCAGGAGUUAUGAGACAAGAGGGAUCGGUUCUUUUUGAAAUUCUUAAUGCUGAAAUCCAGAAAAAGUACAAUUUUGACCUAGCAGCCGGAAUUCCAACUGUGUUUGUCUGCAACUAUUUCAUCCCCGCCUUCCUCGACUACAUCCAUAUUCCUGGAAAUCAGCAACUGAUAAAGUCAUCUGCCUGCGACAAGUACCGAGACACCAGGUCAGAGGCAAAACAGGCGACAUAUGCUUUUGAUUUCGCGGCUGACUUAAUUUUUACAAUUCCAUUGGUAAAGGUUCUGGAUGUUCACAGCACAAACAAUGUACACGCGAGGACGUUCCAGUACCUAGUGACGGAGGAAUACCCAUACUCGUACUAUACAUUACCAGGCUGGUAUGAAGGUCCUAGUCACGCAGACGACGUUGGUUUUAUCUUUCAGUUUUUUAUUCCUCCCACAGACAAUAUAAAGAAUUAUCUAGCUGUAUCUGAUAAGAUGAUUGCUUUCUGGAGCAACUUCGCAAAGAAGGGCGACCCAAAUGACAACUCCCUGGAAAGAUGGCCUGUAUACAACAAUCAAACUAGAGGCUACAUAAUCCUGGACAGCGGCACCAAAUCUGAUAUGAAGUACGCAGACUCUAGGGUGAGGUUCUGGUUGGAGGAGCUUCCCGACAAACUUGCGUACAAACCGACAACAACGCCCAUAAACCCUUAUGUUAAAGAUGGAGCGGCAAUGCUAGGUCACAGAUCUAUAUAUUUUGGUCUAUAUGUUUUUCUUCAAUGUUUGAUAGUGUUAACGAUUUAAAAAUCAGUAAAAGAAAUUGGUUUUCAAAAUCUACAUUCAUAUAGAUACAUCGCGUUGAGAAGUGUGUGACUGUCAGUCAAUAUAUCAGGCCUCAGUGAUUAGAGCUUUAAUUUGAGAGUCUCGAUUGAGACUUGACUUUUCAUUCCCUAUUACAUGAAUUGAUGUCUUUAAUGGGGUUUUUUUUACUUUUAAUAAUUAACAUAAAUUAAGUAUCAUUAGACCAUGCAUAUAUGUUUUGGUUUGAAGAUCUGUUAUUGUAUAGAACUCAAGUUCUGUCAACUUACUAGGUUCUCGCCAUAAGUACAUGUAACUAUUUAACUACCAGUUUAUCAGCAUCGCCAUGUACGUAGAUAGACAUAAGGAUGUAUACUAACAGUUUUAUCGGAAUUUAGAUCUAGCCAGUAAUAAUAGGAGUAAUGUCAAAAUCUCCAUUAGGAUGCAAUGGUUGACUUUAAAAAUUAAUGAGUUCCCCCCAACUACAAAAAAUCGAACGACAAUCAACAAUGCUAUUUGAGUAACUAUAAUUUUUAAGGUUUGUAAUCAAUUUAUUUCGUGCAUGGGUAUACUUGUUGCAUACAAAUAAUUAUAUGAAAGGAUAGGAACAUCAGACAAAACGUUAUAACUUAAUGAUAUUUCUCCUGAGGAGAUUGUAGUUCACAAUAAAACAUGAAUGAGAAUAUUACGAAUAUCAAGUCGAUUGAAUAGUCAAAGAAGAAAUGAAAUGAAACGAAAAUGAAUGUUGAUUUUAUUAACAUUUUGAAUGAUAGAGUAAGUCUUGUUCUUGUCCAUUGAAAUAGCCAUUUGUUGUUUGUAUUAGAAACGAGCCUUUUUAAAAAUCAUAUUUUAUUGAUUUGCAUAGCUGAAGUUUACGUUUUGGAAUAUAAUAGAUUUUUUUAAUUGUGUUUAUUAUUAGGAAGAGAUGCAUGCAAGGCUGAUAUAUAUCUAUUUUAAUAUAUCGUGUGAUACAUGUAAUAUAUUAACGUUGUUUUUGAAAUGAAAAAAAGUCUUCAAUUUUCUGUUAAAGAUUUUGUCACUCAUGAAUUGGUAUGAAUUAUAGUUUAUAUCUCUACGAAGAAAAUACAAUAUUAAGUAUGUAAUUUGUUGUCAUUACACGUCCCCUUUUAAAUGGAAGGGAAAAAAAGGAGUAAGACUGUGAACAUGGCUGAUAUAACAGUUUCGAAGGAGACUUCAUCAAAACGUUUUAACACAAAUGCUAUAGGAGACUUUAUCAAAACGCUAUAACACAAAUACUAUAGAAGACUGAAUUACGGAAGUGUAAUUUUGCCA